GUAUAGUUGAAAGGAACGAUGAAAAUCACAAAUUAAGAAAAAAAUUGCUCAUAUUUUUUUAUUAAUAAGCAGUUGUUUAUAUCUCAAAAUUACGAAUCUUAUCUUUUUUCUUCAAACUGAUAACUUGUUGUCUGAUUCACUUUACAAAGAUAUAAAUAACGAUAAAAAUCGAUCAGCAAUCAGUACAAAUAUUGACAUUGUGUGAUCUGUGCUAAGUGUUAUAAUUUAGUGAAAAUGAAGGCUGUAAUUGGAAUUAUUUUGGGCUGCUUUUGUGCCAGUGUUGUUUCACAAAGUAGAAUAAGCAAUGGAGACUUAGCGGCGACAGGGCAGUUUCCAUACGCAGUAUCCCUGCAGCUAACAGGCAAUCAGCAGUCAACGACGAGGGGACACCGGUGCGGCGGGGCCCUCAUCUCCCUCCAGCACGUACUCACCACCGCAAGCUGUUUGUUCGAUUUUGCUGCUGGCGGUCAAUACGUCCUCAUCAACCCGUCUCAGUACCGCAUAUUCUCGGGCGCCACACUACUCACUAACGACACCUCGGCGGACCGAGUGCGGGCGAUACAGAACUUCACCAUACACCCCGACUACACCGGCACUCCCGCGCUGCUGAAUAACAUCGCUAUUAUUACGCUUACAGUACCAUUCGCCCAAAACGCGGUGACGCCGAUCUCGCUGCCGGCCGCCAGCCACAACCCCGCCGACUUCACGCUCUGCACAGUCACCGGAUGGGGAGGAGUCAACUCCACAACCACCGGAAACACAGAGCUGAUGUACGCUACGAAAUACAUCUACAACCAGGACCUGUGCGCCUCCCUGUACAACCCCGUGGCCGGCGCCCUUAACAUCCUGCCCAGUAUGGUGUGCGCCGUCUCCUACGAUACCAUGUCGUCUGGGUGUGCUGGUGACGAUGGAAACCCUCUAGUAUGUAAUGGCGUGUUCACCGGUCUCCUGUCCCUGUCUGACGGAUGCCGCUCAUCAUCAUACCCUGAGGUCUACACGAGAGUCUCCAACUACACCACAUGGAUCAGAACCAUAUCGGGAUCACCGUCUUUGUACAGCUCUGGAAUAUUCAUUGCCAUCGCGCUUUUGUUUGCCGCGCAAGCAUCUAUGUUUUCAUAGAUCUAAAAAUUAGUAUUUUUAAGAUAUUGCAUAACUUUUAUCGCGGACUUUGAACGCGGUGACCGA